AUGCAACGGGCAAGUGAUCUUCUUCUAGGCGUCUCAAUGUUCGCUGAACCAAUCAGUUUUAAAAUCCUUGAUCGUGCGGGUUUAGCUAUGAAUGAAUUGUGCAAUAUGGGAAUUAUAGGUAAACCUUUAUGGCAUCAACAUAAUUCAAAUCGAUACGAAAUUCUUAACGGUAUUGAAUAUUUGAAAUAUGUUGGUCGGAUUGAUACGACGUUAAUGGAUAUUGUUAAAUUGGCUGAGGUCGGAGAAGUUCAAGCUUUACCUAGCUUUGAUUUGUAUGGAAAUCAGAUCAAUUCAAUUUCAAAUGAAAAUUCCGUACAAGGGUUACAAAUCGAAGCUUCGCGAGAUACAGCAAUGAUUAACGCCGGUCCGAAUGACAUUGUUGAAUUACUUAUGAAUGUGAAUCAAUGGGGGAUGACAUUUCACAACAUUGUUUCAAGAGCAACAAUUCUUGGAAGCUUUAUGAAUGGAGUCGAAGGAAGUUAUGAUGGGAGAUUGCAUGUGAUGAAUGCAGAAUUUCAUUUGCCUAGUCCAGUGGUACCGACUCGAGAGUGUUGUUUUGUAAGAUACUGCAAACAAUUGUCUCCUAAUGAUUGGGUUGUUGUUGAUGUAUCUUUGGAGGACCUCUUCCCUUAUCCAUCUACCAAUUUUCGAAAAAGACCUUCAGGUUGUAUGAUUAAAGGAAUGCCUAAUGGAUACUCUAAGGUUACAUGGGUGGAGCAUGUGGAAGCAGAUCAUAGCCAAUUGAAUGAUCUUUUCAAGCCAUUAGUAACCUCUGGCUUGGCUUUUGGUGCAACGCGAUGGCUAGCUUCCAUUGUUCGACACUUUGAGUGGGCUGAAACACUUAUGACUACACAAUUUUUUUCUGAUAAGAAGGUUUUUAUACCUCAAACUGGAAGAACAAGUUUCUUGAAACUGGCUGAUAGAAUGAUGAGAAAAUUUUGUGGGAAUCUCAGUGCUACAACGACCAAUCCAUGGAUGCGACUUGCUCCCUUUCCCAAUUCAACUGAUGUUAGAGUUAUGAUUCAGAAUAUUAUGCCUAAUACUUCAAUUAACCUUGUUGGAACAACAAUAGUUUUUUCUACUACUAUUUGGUUUAAUAUCUCCCCAAAUCAAUUAUUCAACUUCCUUCGCCAUGAGAAGUCCAGAAACAAGUGGGAUAUACUUUCACAAACACUUUCAAUUGAACAAUUUGCAUGCAUGACUAUCGGCGAACAUCUAGAGAAUCGUGUUUCUUUGCUGCGAGCAAGUGAUUCUAAGGACAAGACUGAAAUCUUUUACCUGCAAAAGAGUUACGCAGACGCGACAACUUCCUACGUGAUUUAUACACCAUUAGACGAAUCGGCAUUGAUUCAUCUUGCAAAAGGAUCGAACCCAGACAAUGUUAUUGCAUUUCCUUCUGGAUUUGCUAUUAUUCCGGGAGGGUUACCGAAAGAUAAUGGCAAUAAUGCUGGUAGCAAUGAAAGUCUUCUAACUAUCUCAUUUCAUCUUAUUGAUAAAGCUACCAAUAUUACAAGUAUCCCUUCUGAAUCAGUUCAAACUAUAUAUGGGAUCAUUACGGAAACUGUUACUGCUAUAAAGGAUGCAUUAUCGUGUCAUAGUCGACUCAACAAUUGGGUGCAAGAUGAGUUGAAAAAUGGCGCAGUAAAGAAAUAG